AUGUCAAUCGCCCAAUCCAACAUAAAUCCGGCGAUCCAACUCGCCGCCGCAACCAUCCGCCAGCACCACCACUGCAUACACUUUCUCCAGAAUUGCUUCAUCCCCCCACGCGCCGUGUCCUUCCGCCGCCUGACGCUCGGGGCCGCGAGUGUGAGAGCGUUCUCCACGAACGAGGCUCCCCCCGCCGACAUUCAGAAGCUUCCAAGUAAACCGUCGAUAUGCACGGCCGACGAGCUCCACUACGUCACCGUCGGCAACACAAAUUGGCGGCUCGCGCUCUGGCGCUAUACACCGCCUCCCCAGGCUCCUCAGAGAAAUCAUCCGCUGCUACUGUUGUCUGGUGUCGGGACAAACGCCAUUGGAUAUGAUCUGUCUCCUGGGUCAUCUUUUGCUCGUUAUAUGUGUGGCCAAGGAUUUGACACUUGGGUUCUGGAAGUCCGAGGGGCUGGCCUGAGUAUGCAAGGCUUGGAUUGUAAAGAAGUUGAGGAGUCAGCUCAUGCAAAAUCUGAACUAAUGGAAGCUGCUGCAGAAAAUAUGAUCGAGGGCACCCUCCCUGCUGGUUUGCAGAUAUCCACAGUCCAGAAUGAGUUGGUUAAUUCUGAGAUAGCUGUGGUCGGUGAAGAACCAAACGGAGUUGCAACCGCAUGGGAUGAACCCAAACUCGUCUCAGAAUUUUCAGAAUUUUUCACGCGUUUAUCAGAGAGGCUUUCUGGCUUUCUUAGUGAAAGUCAGUCAAAGAUUAUGUCUGCCAAAUUUUUUGAUCAAAUAUCGAAAUUCUUUGAGGAUUCACUUAUACUUGGACGUUUUGGUGAGAUAAAGGAAAAAGUUUUAAAUUUGCUAGACACAGAACAAAACUCCAGUGUAGCUGGACAAAUUAGGGAACUAAGUCAAAAGCUGGUAGAUGUCAUUGAAGAAGGUCAACGUUCUGUUUCACCCCAACUGUUUGAUCUGCAAGAACGCUUACUCACGACAGUGGAUGAUUUCCAGAAACAGUUGGACUUUAUUGUCAAAUAUGAUUGGGACUUUGAUCAUUAUUUGGAAGAGGAUAUUCCUGUUGUGAUGGAAUAUAUACGGGCUCAGAGCAAACCAAAGGAUGGUCGGUUACUCGCAAUUGGUCACUCCAUGGGGGGUAUUUUGCUAUAUGCAAUGGUAUCCCGAUACAGUUCUGAAGGAAGAGAUCCUGGAUUAGCCGCUAUCGUUACAUUGGCUUCGUCACUGGACUACACCACAUCUAAUUCGACACUCAAACUUCUUCUUCCUCUCGCUGACCCAGCACAGGCUCUUAAUGUACCUGUUGUUCCUUUAGGUGCAUUGCUAUCUGCAGCUUAUCCCCUUUCUUCCCGCCCACCUUAUGUCUUGUCGUGGAUGAAUGACCUGAUAUCAGCACAGGGUAUGAUGCACCCAGAAUUGUUGGAGAAGCUAAUCCUUAACAAUUUUUGUACUAUUCCUGCUAAACUAAUAUUACAGCUGACAACUGCCUUCCGGGAAGGCGGGCUCCGAGACAGAAGUGGUACAUUCUUUUACAAAGAUCACAUUCAUAAGAGUAGAAUUCCUGUUUUAGCCCUUGCGGGGGACCGGGAUUUGAUUUGUCCACCAGAAGCCGUAUAUGAAACUGUGAAGCUCAUUCCUGAGGAUUUGGUCACAUAUAAAGUGUUUGGUGAACCUAAUGGCCCACAUUAUGCUCACUACGACCUGGUGGGAGGACGGAUGGCUGCAGAACAAUUAUACCCUUGUAUAAUCCAAUUUCUAAGUCGUCAUGACUUGGAUCUAUAG